AAUUUCCUCUUCCUUUAGGAGCUGGGAGAGGGUUGGUUGCACGCUCGCUUUCGUUUUAGGCUGGAAUUUGAGUUGUUCGUUUUCUCUUCCUGGGCUGGUGCUGUGUGCACUGCAGGGUGUCACCAUCAUGCCUAUGAAGGGUAGGUUCCCCAUCAGGAGGACGCUGCAAUAUCUGAGCCAGGGGGACGUCAUCUUCAAGGACGCAGUGAAGGUGAUGACUGUGAAUUACAAUACCUCUGGGGCGCUCGGCGAGGGGGCCAGAAAAUUUGUGUUUUUCAACAUACCUCAGAUUCAGUACAAAAACCCCUGGCUCCAGAUUGUGAUGUUUAAGAACAUGACACCUUCACCCUUCGUAAAAUUCUACUUGGAUACUGGAGAGCAAGUCCUUGUUGAUGUGGAAGAGAAGACUAACAAAGAGAUUGUGCAGCAUAUUAAGAAGAUUCUGGGUAAAAGCGAGGAAACACUUCAGAAAGAAACAAAAGAAAAAAUGAAGCUACGACAUCCUGCGACCUUUGGUCCUAGAAAAUACCACUUACGUGAAUGUAUGUGUGAAAUAAAAGGCCAGAUUCCUUGCCCUGGGGAGAUACCAUUACCAAAGGAGAUGAGGGGCAAAUAUAAAGCUGCUAUGAAAGAGAAUACUGUUUCCGAAGCCAAUUCUGUAUGAAGAUUGCCUCCAGUAGGGACUAAAAGCAGAUUGUCACUAUAGAAGGAAACUGAAGCACCACUCUUCUGCAAGCAACUGUUUCAAUGACGACAGCCAUACAUUUAAUAUAAGUUUUUUUUAAAAAAAAAUAAUAAAGUCAAUAGACGUA